UUUACGCACGAAGAUGAGCUCGGACAAGCCAAACUUUCUGUCCCAGCCCGUGGUGAAGAACGUGUUCAUGUACCGAAACGGCGAUCCGUACUACGAGGCUCGCCGGGUGGUGAUCAACCAUAAGCGGGUGUGUAAUUUUGAGACUCUGCUCAGAGAGGUGACCGCCGGGAUCCAGCCGCCGUUCGGAGCGGUGAGGAACAUCUACACGCCGAGGGGGGGCCACAAGGUGGACUGCCUGGACAGCCUGCAGAGCGGCGAGCAGUACGUGGCAGCCGGGAGGGAACGGUUCAAAAAGCUGGAUUAUCUGCAAAUUGGCUCCAAAAAGAAGAGGAUGUUGCAGACUCUUCCACUGCAGGCCAAGCCACUUCCACAGAAUAGAAUCAUUGUGUCUGCUCGAUUCUUGAAACCCAUCAAAGAACCCUGCACAAUAUUUGUGGUAGCAAACGGGGACAUCUUGGACCCUGCAGUGAGGCUGCUCGUCCACCAGAGGAUGCUGGGCCAGUUCGACAGGAUACUGGAAAUGAUCACAGAGAAGAUGGGACUGAAAAUCCUGGGCGGAGCGCGAAGUCUCUAUACAUAUGAAGGCCAGCAGGUGACUGAUGGGAACCAGCUGGAGAGCGGCCAGCUUUACGUGGCAGUGGGAAGAGAGAGGUUUAAGAAGCUUCCUUACAGCGAUCUGCUCUUCACCAAACCGAGAGGAACACGGCGGGUCAGAGGAAUGAAAGCUUAUUCUCUGCCGCCCAUCUACAGAUUCUCAAAGCAAAGUGGAAAUGGGAAGCCUGUAGUUCGCAGCAUUGACAGUGGAGAAGGAGAGUCCAAGGCCUCUCCUCCGAGCCAGGAUGGCAGCAACAAGGAGCACCUGUCCUCCAUCGUGAGGGAGAUCUCUCAGGCCAGACUGCUCUCCUUCAGGAAGAGGAAGAGCGGACAAAGCCUGACUCAGGGCACAUCCGACAACGAUGACCUGGAAUCAAAGGCUGACGAUGGAAACACUGUGGGCAAAACCAGCCAAGAGGAGCCAGCUAAAGAGAAACUUGAUGCGGAUGGUGCAAGCUCGGCCGAGGAGAGCGGCGAGAAGGCCGAGAGGAAAGAGGAAGCUCCCCCUGCAGACGCCACCAAAGAGGAGGAGAACGACGAGACGCAGACAAAUGGUGGAAAUGAGGGAGAAGGUGAAGCAGCAACAGAGGGGAAGGUGGAGGAGGUCGCGGCAGAGAGUAAGGAGGGAGACAAGAGUCAGGAGCAGGGGUCCAGCAGCACUAACAGUGAUAAGGACCAGGACAGUAACGAGAAGGAGGACGGGAGCCAUACAUCUUCUGAGGGAGAAAAGGUGCAAGAAAAAUCUGUAGAGGACAAGAAAGAUAAAGGCGGCAGCGAGGAAGAGAACGACGGCAAGGCCGACGCUAACGAUGCAGACACGGGGGAGAAGCAGGAAGAGAGCGAAAACACUGAAGAAGCCGGUAAAAGUCAGCCUGAUAACGAGACAAGAGAGAAAGUUAUCGAUGAAACCGGCAGCAGCGGUCACCAAGAAGAAAAUGGGAGCAAAGCGAAAGAAGAAACGAGCGAAGUUAGCACGGUGAACGGAGAGGUCAGUGCAGAGGAUGAGGUGGAAAGUGAAGCCGAGCUGAACUUGGAGGGAAAUAAUUCAGACGCAUCCAAAGAGGCUGCAGCCAAUGGAGAGAAGGAAGAGGUGGAUGACAAGAGCACAAAGUAGAUGAAAUGAUAAAAAAAAAAAAGAC